AUGGAACAUACUCAGAUCUCACAAUCCUCUGCGAAUCUUCCAUUUUCAGAGUGCAUCGCUGUAUUAUCACAGGAAGCUACAACGGGACAGGUCGCGCUCGAAGAUGACCCACGGAUCGUUGCAAAGAUGAUAGACUAUCUCUAUUGCGCCGAUUAUGAAGACUGUUAUGAGUCCUCUAUCCAGGAAUUAGCUCAAGGCUCUCUUGAGCUACCAAAGUCAGAGAAAGAGCAAACCGAAACAUCAAGUAUCGAAGAAAUUGCUGAAAGUGCUGGAAGUGAUAUGGCUACAGUCUCUAGCUUCCCUGUCAAAGACCGCAGGGCACGUAUCAAUGCAGAAAUAUAUAUCCUCGCCGAUAAAUAUCAGAUUGAGGGACUAAAAAUAUUGGCUAAGCAGAAGAUGGAGUCUUGCCUCCAGUUAAGCUGGACAGAUACAGAAUUUAUCAACACAGUUCAGUAUGUCUACGGACCAAACAGCCCUUCCCACUCGGAGUUGCGAGACAUUCUAUCAAGAUCUGCUAUUCAGCACCUGUCAACUCUUGAACACCAGCAGCAUUUCCACGAGACCUUGAAAACCUUUACCACGUUUUCAUACGACUUCUCCUCCUUGAUGAUAAAGAAAGUGCUUCAGCUAGAACAGGAAUUGUGGUAG